CCACCACUAACCGAAAGUGCCUUUCUUGGAGCAGCCGACAUGACACGGUGGCUGCUGAAUUCCUGUGUCCUGCUGCUGUUGGCAGUGGGCAGUCUGCAGGCGCGUUUGAUCCCUCCAUUGUCCUUGGACGAUGGUCAGUUGGAGACCAAGGGUGCCGCCGCCCUUCUUGCCACGCCCCGCGUGGACGACAACAGUGCUGGCAACUAUCGACUCCCGAAUACCACGGCACCGGAGUCCUACAAUGUGGAACUCUGGACAAAUGUCCACACUGGCAACACUCAGUUCAACGGCACCGUUAUUAUCAAUCUGAGGGUCCUGCAGGCUACCUCGGAAAUAAAGUUGCACUACCGGCAAACGUCGAACUUCGAGGCAUCGAUCAUCAGCCGGGAUUCGGCCACGGCCACGGCAAUCCCACUCACCGUGACCCCUGAACUGCCGCGCGAAUUCCUCGUCCUUACGGCGACCAGUGGAGCGACCUUUGCCGCCGAAACCAACUGGACACUGACCAUCAAGUACAAUGGCACCCAUCGCAGCGACAUGGGCGGUUUCUAUAUCUCCAGCUACACGGGUGAUGAUGGCAAGCAGCACUUCCUGGCCACCACGCAGUUCGAGAGCACCAAUGCCCGUCAUGCCUUCCCCUGUUACGAUGAGCCAGCCAGAAGAGCCAACUUCACCAUCACCAUUCAUCAUGAUCCUUCCUACACGGCCAUCAGCAAUAUGCCUGUGAACGAUUCUGCCACCAGUUCUGGAAUUACUGUUUUCCAAACAACACCAAAGAUGUCCACCUACCUGGUGGCCUUCAUUGUGUCCGAUUUCGAGUCCACCACCGGUGAACUCAAUGGCCUGCGCCAAAGGGUUUUCUCGCGCAAGGGAAAACAGGAUCAGCAGGAGUGGGCACUUUGGUCUGGAUUGGUUGUGGAAUCCAGUCUGGCCGGCUACUUCGGAGUUCCCUUUGCCCUGCCCAAGCUGGAUCAGGCCGGCAUUCCGGACUUCUCGGCCGGAGCCAUGGAGAACUGGGGCCUGGCCACGUACCGCGAGCAGUACAUGUGGUGGAACAAGCAGAACUCGACGGUCAACCUGAAGACGAACAUUGCCAACAUCAUUGGACACGAGUACGCACACAUGUGGUUCGGCGAUCUGGUCUCCGUGGAAUGGUGGACCUAUCUCUGGCUCAAGGAGGGAUUCGCUACUCUCUUCUCGUACGAAUCGAAUGACAUUGCCUUCCCCGAGUGGGACACCUAUCAGAUCUUCCACGUGAACGACUACAACAGUGCCCUGCUUAACGAUGCGGCGACCUAUGCCGUUCCCAUGACGCACUACGUCCAGACACCCGAUGAGAUCUCCGGCCGGUACAAUGCCUUCUCGUACGCCAAACCCGCCAGCGUUCUGUACAUGUUCAAGAACGCCUGGACGGACAAAGUUUUCCGCACCGGACUAAACAAGUACCUGACCAAGAACAAAUACACCUCCUGCGAAGAAUGGGACCUGUUUGCCGCCUUCCAAGAGUCAGCCAACGAAUUGGGUUUCAAGCUGCCCACCUCUGUGGACAACAUCUUCAGCAGCUGGUCCCACCAGGCUGGUUAUCCACUGCUUACCGUGACCCGAAACUAUGAGGCUGGUACCUUCACCAUCACCCAGAAACGCUAUUUGGCAAAUGCAACCAAUGACAAUGCGGCAACGUGGUAUGUGCCCAUUAACUUUGCCACUGCCUCCAAACCCGACUAUCGCAACACGAAGGCCUCUCAUUACUUGCUUAAUGUGACAGAGACCGUGAUUUCGGACUCCCAGAUCGCCAGCGAUGACUGGCUGCUGCUGAACAUUCAGAAUGCCUUCUACUAUCGCACCCUGUACGAUACUCAGAACUAUGGACUUAUCACUGCAGUGCUGAAGUCCCAGCCCUGGAAGAUCCAUCACCGUAACAGGGCUCAGCUGCUGUACGACACGUACAUCUUUGUGACCACGGAUCGCCUGAGUCACAGCAUCCUGUUGGAGCUGCUCGGCUAUCUGGAGCACGAGGAUCAGUAUGCACCCUGGUCCACUGCCAACACUAUUCUGACUUCCUACGAUCGUUACUUGCGUGGCGAUGAUUCCUAUCACCUCUUCCAGAUGUUUGUGCAUCGACUAAUCGAUCCCAUCUUCGAUAAGAUCGGAGUGAACGAGAUUCCCGGCGAGCACUAUUUGAACAACUAUCUGCGCGUCGUGCUGGUCAGCUUGGCCUGUCAGCUGGGAAGCGUUGAUUGCCACAGACAGUCUGCCACGAAACUGUCCGAGUACCUUUACAAUGGCACUGCCAUCGAGGCCACUUUGAGGAACCAGGCCUACUGCGCCGGUCUGCGAGCCACUUCCAAUGAGGUCUAUAAGAGAGUGGAGUCGGAUCUGCUGGCCUCCACGGAUGGCACCGAUCGCAACCUUUUCAUAUUGUCGUUGGGCUGCUCAGAAUCUACGACGCAGCUGCUUGAGUUCUUCAACCUUUCCCUGGAUACCACCAACAGUUUGAGCUACUCGGAGCGCACUUCCCUGCUCAAUUCGGCAUAUUCGCGAAGUGAAAUCGGACUCACUGCCAGUUUGGAGUUCCUGGAGACCAGCUGGGAGGCUUAUGCCAAGCUUUCGAGCACUGCAUCAAAGCCUCUGGACUUGGCCCUGCGUGGUAUGGCCACCUAUGUGGUCAGUGAGAAGCAGAAGACAAGGCUCAACGCCUUGGUCGAAGUUGUAAACUCAACUGCUCCCGAAUAUCUCGCCGAUAAUCUAAGCACCGUUAUUGACUCCAGAAUUGAAGCAAACUUUGUUUGGCUGAAUACCAAUCGUGAUCCUGUGCUCAACUGGAUCGCCGACACCUUCCGAGAAAACAGCAGUCCCACUUUGACAUCGUCCUUCUUCACCAUUGUAAGCAGUGCUUUGGCACUGCUGCUGUUCAAGCUACUUUAGACUAAGCCAUGUGGUCAAGUAUUAAACAUAAAUUCAGUAGUAUAACAUGAGUCACUAUUAAA